AUGGCCUCAAAGUUUGUUGUGUUCACCUUAUUGGUUGCCGCCGUUCAUGGCAGUGCAGUCCACGGUGACUUCACCAGCUUCUCAUAUGGUGUAGCAGACCCACACACUGGAGAUGUCAAAAGCCAGCAGGAAACCCGGGUUGGAGGCAAUGUACGGGGACAAUACUCCCUGCUCGAGUCUGAUGGAACUCGGCGGACAGUCGACUACGCAGCUGAUGACCACAGUGGAUUCAACGCUGUUGUACGCAAAGACCCUGCCCUAGUCGCUCAUGCCGUCGCCGCCCCCGUUGUAUCUUCAUACGCAUACGGUGCCCAUUCUGCACCUGUUGCAUACGCAGCCCAUGCUGCUCCCCUUGCCUACAACACAUACGCCGCUCAUUCCGCUCCUCUUGCAUACAACGCAUACGCCGCUCCCCUUGCAUACAACGCAUAUGCCACCCCUCUUGCCCGCGCUGUUGUCUCUCCCCUCGGUUACGGCUACGGAGCUCAUGGCUACGGCGCUCGGUUAGGAUGGUAA